AUGGAUGGCAAACAAGCUUGGGGUGUACACUAUAAUGUUCACAGCUUGUAUGGCUUUAGCGAGAUGGAGCCCACUCUAAAAGCAUGCCGAGCAGCAACAGGAAAACGGGGUAUAGUCAUUUCACGAUCAACUUAUGUUAGUGGUGGUCGAUUUGGAGGGCAUUGGUUGGGUGAUAAUUAUUCUGGCUGGAAAUCGAUGACUAAUUCGAUCAUUGGUGCUCUUGAAUUUAACAUGUUUGGAAUUCCAUAUAUUGGUGCCGAUAUUUGUGGCUUUUUCGAUAAUUCUACAGCAUCACUGUGCAAUCGUUGGAUGCAAUUGGGAGCUUUCUAUACCUUCUCUCGCAACCAUAACGGAUACGGAUUUAAGCCUCAACAUCCACCUGCAUUUGGUGCUAAGAAUGCUGCUAAUGCUAGAUCAGUAUUACUUAUUCGUUACAAGCUGCUUCCCUACUUGUAUACGUUAUUCUACCAUGCAAAUACACAAGGCUUAACCGUGAUGCGAUCCUUAAUGAUGGAAUUCCCUAAGGAUAAAAUUGCACGAACUGUAUCCAAGCAAUUUAUGUGGGGAUCAGGCUUGCUCAUUACUCCUGUUCUUGUAGAGAACGCUACUUCUGUUCGUGGAUAUUUCCCCAAUGAUCGUUGGUUUGAUUUUUAUACUGGUGUAGAAAUGCAAGGUGGUAGUGGAGGCGCAUCAGUCAAUGUAUCGCUUAGUGCUCCCACAGAUUUUAUCCCACUCCAUAUCCGUGGUGGACAUAUAUUGCCGAUACAGCACCCUGCCAAUACGACAGUCUAUUCUCGUCAAAAUCAAUUUGCAUUAAUGGUGGCCUUAACUAAAGAGAAUUAUGCAGAAGGAUCAUUAUUUUGGGACGAUGGAGAAAGUACCGAUACCAUGACUAACGAUAAGCAUACUUUAAUUCACUAUAAUGCAACGAAGGACACUUUAACUGCAACAGUGGCAACCAAUGGCUAUAGCAUAGGACCAACUUUAGAUUAUAUAACCAUUUACGGUGUUAAUGUACCUAACAUUGUUUCUACUACCAUCAAUGGGGCAUUUUGUGCUCAUAACUGGGAUGAUUCUACAAAGGAUAAAAUUGUUGAAGGAAACACUAUAGUCUCACUGGGGUACUCAAAUAGCAUUAAAUAA